AUGGAGUUUGUUGAUGCUUCACAAAUGAACUUUAGAUGCUGAACUACACUUUGUGAAUGCAAGUCCCUAGAAAACAAGGAGUUAAAGUUGGCUUCAUUUACUCAGUGUAACCUUUUGACACUCCAUAAUGAUUUGUGCUUCCAAACAAUACCAAUCUAUGCCAGUACAUAGCAUACAAUUUUCUGCUUCAACAGCCAGAAGAAUAGGAGGCGGGAAUACACUGAGAAGUAGGCAGGAAAUAUUCGAUUUAGAGAGGAGAGGUUGGCUGGAGAACAGAAAUGUAUUUAUUUCUUGCCAAACCAAAAAGCACAGCACCAGAGCCUGAAUUACAUGGCACAUCAGCCUUGUUCAGCAUUUCGAAUCUGCUGCCUGCUGAAUCACAUUGGCUACAUUAAGGAUCCAUCCGAAACAAAUUAUACAAUGACCUCUAACUUUCCACUUCCACGGCCUCUGAGAAGAUCCUGGAGUUUGGCUCCUGCCCGGACUAUGCGUAUUGUGGUUCUGGGGCAAAGUGCAGUAGGGAAAACAGCUCUUACUGUCAGAUUCAUCACCAAGCGAUUUAUUGGAGAUUACGAUCCAACUCUUGAAAUGAUUUACAGACACACGGCAGCAAUAGAUGGGGAAUUCAUCCAUUUUGAAAUUCUGGACACUGCUGGUCAGGAGGAGGACUCCCUUCAGAUCGAAGAGAAAAUUAAAUGGGGUGAUAGUUUUGCAGUGGUGUAUUCGGUGACAGAUCGCUGCAGCUUUGAUGAAGUCAUGAGAUUAUGUUUCUUGAUCAAUCACAUUCACUCAGCCAGUAAGAAAGGAUCAACAGAACAAUCCCCCAUAGUCAUUGUGGGCAACAAGAAGGAUCUCCAGUACGAUCGCAUGGUGUCCACCGAUGAUGGGGAAAAGCUCUCAAAGGCCUUAAAGUGUCCAAGCUAUGAAAUUUCCACUAGAGACAGUUAUGAAGAAACCGCCAUGGUCUUCAAUACACUUUACUAUGAAUUACUGAGACAAGGGAACCUUUCUCCUGGGACUUUUAAGAAAAGAAAUGUAUCCAAACUGAUGGAAAAGAUUCCAAAGAUUUAUGCCAACUCUACACUAAAUGCAAAUGGUCGAAGUUUAAGUUUCAAUUCUUUUCGGGAUUAUAUUCCAGAGUGAAUGACGCUCAAUGAUGAAGCUAUGGAGAAGAAUUCUGGUUUGCCAGGGAAAUGUUGAGCACAACUCUUGAGUAUGCUAGGAUUAGGAGAUGUACACAUGUCUUCACUAGUGAGGUAUAGUCUAUAGGCUGAUAGACAUGUUUACCCCAGUACACUGAGAUAACAUUUUAUGACAUUAGUUUGACUAGUUGUCCCAGAUACUUAAUAUGAUACCAGGGGGAUUUAACACAAUCUCUUCCACUAUACGUCAGCUGCAAAUAAAUCUGGGAAAGGCAUGGCAUAAUGCCUAUUUGUACUUUGUGUUUAUUUUGGUAACAUAUCAAUUGUGUGUACCUUAUUGAAUGGAUCAGUUUUAUGUCGUAAAGAAGUAGUGCCACAACAGCUACACCAGAGCUUCUUUACAUUUUUAUGUCACCAAGCUAAACCUUAAAUAUAUUGUUCCUUAUGUAAUUAUAAGACACUUUGCUAUUUACUUGCUGUUAAAAUUCUCAACCAUUAUGUGUUUUUAAUGUGGUUGAAAAACCGGCCACUAGGUGGCUCUGUUCUGUUCCCAGCACAAGUCAAGCAGUUAGUUUGGUCUUCUCCCUGCCUGGCAGGAGACCAAACUCAGGAAAUGCAUAUGGGGCAUAGCAAGGCACAGCUCUCGCAGGCUUCAGUGACGUGCCUGCUGGGGAACGCCCACGUUCUCCUGCUGGAAGCUCACACAAUGUGAACAAGGGAAAAAGUAUGAUACAGCUUUUUAAAGGGGUAUUCCAGGAUUUUUUUUUUAUUUGACUAUGCUACAUGGGCUGUAAAGUUAGUGUCUGUACCUGUGUGUGAUGGUUUUCUCACAAUUCUUAUGUGAUUUUCACCCCAAUAUUUAUUUUGAACAGCAUACAAAAUGACUGCUGUCUCGGAUUUUUCCCAGGUUGCAAUGAAGUGGAGACCUGACUCACUAGUCAGUUGAUGACAGGGAGCCUGUCUGCUUCAAUGGGUGGAGGGAUCAAUCUGCAACUAAUGCAACAGCUGUAGGCAUCCUGAUUGAAAACCACAGGUCUGAAGCUCAUUUAUGUUUCAAUGGUUGGGGUAGCUGAUGUGUGGGAAGGAGGAAAAUUGAAUCAUGGGUUUUGUAGGCAAACAAGAAAACUGAAAACAGGAAAUACAAGUUCACAGAAAGCUAGCCACAGUGUUAUGGUAAUCUCACAGCAUAGCCAUUUAGCCCAAGACAAGUGCAGAUCCUUCCUAAGCAUGUCCAUUACUGCCUGCCAGGUACUUACUAAAAUCCCCUUAUGGUGGAGAAUCCCUUUAAAGCUCAGAAAAUUGUUUUAAGGGCAGGAGGGGUUUUAGGAGUAGUUAGGGAAUAUAAUCUGAGUUAGUUUAGUAAAUAUGGUUUGAUAACAGGUACUCUUUAAGUUAUCAGAUAUUAAAAGGGUCUAGUUUCGAAAACCCAUUAUCAGAUACCCUAUCAGGGAAUUCUGUAUUAUUAGAUGGGUACCUCUUGUCCAACAUCUUCAUCUCUGGCCUACUUUACAUAGAGCAUUUUCUUUGGUAGAGGGAUUUUAAAAUAUCAUGAACACUUCUUCUGGUAGUUGCCUUUUAGAAGUAUAUGUAAUAGUAUGAGAAUUGAGACCAUACAUGAAGAAUACCAGAAACAAGAUAGCUCAGUAGUAAGAUUUGUCAUAGGCUAUCACAGAUCCCCCAUCAAAAAUAUGCAAACAAUUAAUUAAACCUGGGUUAUGACAGUUACUUUUUAUUAGAUAUAACAGGGUAAAAUAAUAUAACCCCAACUGGACAAACAUAUAUUAAUCAUGUGACCGCAAAGAAAAAUCACAGAUAAUGGAAUAGACUUUCGUCCACCACCCCACCUAUUGCACAUAUAUACAAUUGUUACUUUAUAGUGACUAUAAAAAAUAUAGUGAAAACCAAUUGAGAAGAGAGAAACAAGUGGCACUGCUAGCAACCACAGGGUCUAAUUAUAAAGGAUACACAUCAGAGGUUUACAACAGAUAGGUACUUGUACAAGGGGUCCCAUCGGCGGUGCUAGGGGAAACAGAACGUAGUCAAUAAUAGAACAAACAAAGAACAAAAUCACACCUGCACUCACCCCAAGGGUACCGCAACUCCGGCCUCACUCGAACGGUGCCUCCAUUCAACGAUCGGGCAUAUCAGAUGUGGAGCGCUUAGAAAAGGCGACUGCCGGCGGUUUCACGCAAUCACUAUGCGCUUCAUCGGCCGCCUAAAAAAUAUAGUGACUAGAAAAUAUCAUGAAGUUAUAUCGUAAUCUAUAUGUAAAACCGCUGAUAAGGAAAAAACGUAUCCUACAGCAAGAGAGCAUCCCAAGUCCUAUGUAGAUAUCUAUCAAACCAAUCAUCUGCUCUGCUCUGUAGACCUCUAUACCUUGGAAUAUGUUAGUGGGGCCUUAGAUGGUUUGAGGUUAUAUGUUUUUCCAAACUCUAAAGACUGAACUUCAGAGGUGUAUGCAAACCAUACAUAAGUUGAUGUUAGAUUUAGACUGAUAUUGACUUACUUUUUUUGCCAUAACUUUCAUUAAAGCAACUUCAGACUUAACAGUGAA